AUGGGUUCAACAAGUUAUUUAUCGAAGCCUAAGUCUACCGGGUACAGAGUAAAAAGCGGCUCUAGUGUUGGCUCUGACAAGGAGAUGAAUGGCAAGCUAAAGCGCUCCAAGAUAAGAAGGCCAAGCAAAAUGAAUGAAUAUGGCGCCAAGAGAAUACCGGAUUACACCGAGCUGGCAUACAAAGAAGCUGUAUCAAAACUGAGAUAUUUUUUAUCUGGAAAUAGCGCGCCAAGUGUACGCAGUUAUGGAGGAUCAAUAUCCAUGAAGAAUCUAGAAGAGUCGGAUGGAGAUCUGGACAAGAAGUACACGAGUACGUACAGCACUUUCGGCGAAUACAAAACCCGGCCGCGCCUUACCGCAAAGUAUACAACUUUAUACGCGGACAGCUUAAGCAAUUAUACGCCUCCUAAAGUCAGUAGUGCUCCUCAACCGACUGCCGCGUCAACAGCGGCCGAUCUGACCGGAGGUACCAACCCUGACGUCAUCAACUUCAUACAGAAGCAGGAAGAGUACAUUGAACAAUUGGAGCGCGAGAGUCAAUAUUGCAGAGACGAGCUCAACAACCUCCUAGGUAAGGUGAAAGAGGUUAUAUCUGAGAACGAGCAUCUGCAUGAGGCUCAAAAGAACAAGAUCAUCUCCCGCAUGUUCCAGUACAACGCUGGCUCCGAGACCGACGAGUUGGACGAUGUGGGCGACAGCACGGGCCUUGAUAGUGAUAAUAAGACAUCUCCGUCCAAAACCCGUCGCGCCAAGUCUCGCACUACCAAACUGGAAGGACCCAACAUCGUUUUCGAGUCACGAAUUGCAGAACUAGAAGCGCAACUAACGCAGGCUAAGAUAAACCUUAAGAAGGUCCAGGACGAGAACAACGAAAACAAACGCAAGCUUGCUUCCGGUCUCGUAGAUUCCACUUGCCUUGAUGGAUUUAAGAGGCAGAUUGAUAAUUUACAAAGAGAUAAAUCGUCAUUAGAAGCACAAAUCGCAAAACUGAAGUUGAAUUUAGAACAAAAGGAGAGUGAUUUUGAUGACCGUUACAAACGAAGCUCUGACGUCGUGGAACAUCAGCUGAGAGAGGAGAGAAACAACUUGGAGGCGGAAGUGCGACGGCUUAAGGAUGAUCUAGCUAAGGAGAGAAACAAAAUACGCGAACUAGCUGGCGAAGGUACACGUCGAGCGAUACAAGAACGCAGCGCGGCGGAGCAACGGUACAACGCGCAUUUCGACGAAUUACAACACGAUCUAGCAGCGCAAUAUGACAAUGUCGCUAAAUUACAGAUGGAUCUAGAUCGGCAGCGCCGUGAAGAGAGCGAUUUGAAACGAGAGCUUUCGAUGAAGAACGCUUACAUAGAAGAGCUAAAGAUGGAACUGAAAAAUAAAACAGCUUCACUUCAAGCGGACUUAGCACAAGCGCACGCUGAGAAGGCUUCACUUGAAGAGGAACUAGCCAACGCUCGUCUGGCUAUGGAACGCCAGCAGAGGCAAGCUAAACACGAGACCAACCGACUCAAUUCUGAGAUUCAAUCACUUCGCCAGCGUCUCGACCGUGCCGACGCGGAUUUGGUUCACUCGCGUCGUGAGAAUCUACGUCUGUCUGAACAAAUUUCUACAUUGGAAAAGGAGUUGAACAUGAAAAGUUUGACACCCAUAUCUCCGGAGAAGAAUAAGAAAGAGAAAGAACUAUCAUCAAUGUUCGAGACAAUGGAGAAUAAGCAUGCUAAAACCGUGGCUGAGUUGGAGUCCAUGAUACAAUCACAAAACAGUCUGAUGGAGAAACUCACCGGCGAGUGUCGUUUGCUUACCGACAAGCUCGACGACGCAAACCGUAGGCACAAGGAAGAACUGGCCACUCUGCAUCGUCAAGUAGAGCAGCUGGGACGUUCGCUACAAUCAAACAUCACGCCUGCACCUAACAAUUAUCAAGCACAUCCCACGCACACAACCGGAACCGACAGAACUUUACCACAUCCCACGACCAGCUCCAGAUCAAACGAUCCCGGAGACGACUCCUCCGGACACGGCAAGGUCAAACAACAGCCGAUUGAGCAACCGGACAGAUUUAUCGAUGGUAAAAUUAAAACAGCAAGAAUAAUUGAGCACAAUAAUGAACAUCACACAGUCGAUGAUAGUGAAGCACAACAAGCUAACGAGCCUACACACGAACAAAACAAAUCAGACGGUCAAAUUAUUAUAAAUAAAUCAGAGCAGGAAAUGGAUUAUCAAAAUAAUGCAACAGUAGAGCAACCUGUAGCUGGACACGAUCAACACGGAGAUCAGAUUUACAGUGAAGAUAAUUAUGAAAAUUACGAUCAAAAUUAUGAACAUGCUCCAGUAGAAACAGAAUACAACCAAGAAUACGAACAAAAUCAGAAUCAAAACGGAGAGAAUUUUGAGCAACAAAAUUAUGUAGAGCCUCAAUAUGAAAACUACGAACAGUAUCCUCAGCAGUACGCUGAUCCAAAUGCACAAUAUGAUACCCAAUAUGAAAAUUAUGAUGCAGAUGGUAAUUACCAAGAACACAUAGAUCAGUCCCAAUAUAAUCCGGAAUAUUCAUCUGAGUAUCAAGAAGUCCAACCUACUGAAACUGAAGCUCUUCAGCCAGACUCUAUGCAUCCUAAUAAUAUAAAUACAGAAAAUAUUCAUUCCGAACAAUCUGAAUUUUCAACACAGUCUGAAAGCAAAACAAAUAGUCCGAAGAAAACUGAACCAAAUGAAAGUUAG